AUGAGCGUGGUCCUCGCGGUCGGUUCGGAUGAAGCAGACCUUUCCAUGAUUCCGUCCUUGGCGGCGAGGCUGAAGCUGUCUUCGCAGGCGGCUUCUAGUUUCCAUGUGUGCGUGUGCUUCUCAAAGACAAAUCCAUCCAGAUUGGGAGAGGCCAAGAGGCCGCUCGGUCCGCCCCCGCCUCGCGCAACCGCCGUUGCCCCCGCCGCUAGCACCCGUCCACAUCUCCCGCCCGGCCCGUCGCCGCUCGCCUCCGCCCGCAUCGCUCGCUCGCCCGCUCGGCCCUGCCCCUGCCUCGCGCAGCCGCCGCUCGGCGCUCUCCCCCGCACCGCCGGAUCGGCCCAUCCCCGCCAGUUCCGCCGCUCGCACCCGUCAGCGUGCCCCGCUGUCCCCGCCACCGCGGCGCUGUCCGAUCCCCCACUCUGGCGAGCCUGCCGCACUUCCCUGCUUACUCUUCGUAAGCAACGCCGGGCACUCGAACCCGAAUCGCUGGCGACGCGGCGGCCGCAGCUCUCGCGGGAGGAAGAGCGGUGCGUACUCCUCGUGCUCUCCCGGGUGGACGAUUGGGAGCAAGGGUGCGCAUCGGAUCAGGUAUUGCUUCGGAUUUCAGUUGCUUAUGUUUUGGUCCCUUUUGACCUCUUUCGAGUACUACACAUUAUUCUGAAGCUUCUGAAACUCAAUGACUCUGAACUGAAAGAUGAAUUCAUUUGCCUGUCCAUUUAUCAUAUUCAGAAGUUACAUUGGGAUCCUGGUUACCAAUUCAAUGCGGGGAAAGUUGUAAGCCUUGUCACGGAUGACCGACAUAGUUUGAGUAAAGAUUCUGCACAGUUUGGAAUUGUGUCAGGCAGUCUCCUCCAGCUCUUGUGCUCUUUAGUUGAGCAAAGUGACAUGGAAGACAUGGACCGACGAGAUGUAUUUGUGAAACUUGCAGAUGUCAUUCCUAGAUUAGCAUCUUACUUACAAGAGCAACAGCAUAUCCCAAAAAGUCUCUCUCAGUAUUCAAAGCACAAAAUAUUGGUAGUUUUCAUACAUCCAACAAUCUUUUGUUACGAAGUGAAACAAUCUGUAACCAAGUACUCAUCAGCCAUUGCUUUCUCAAUGCAGAUGUUAAUGAUAAGGCUUAAGCCUCACAUACAACAGAACUGCUCACAUAUUGUUUGUUUGCUGAAAUUACUUCGACACCACUUUCAGAGUCUACUCCAUGAACCUAUGUUCCAACAUAGCACUAAACUGGAGAAUUGUUUAGAAGGAUCCCCAUUUUUGUUGAGUGGUGUAGGUUUGGGCGAGCUUCAGGAUAAAUCUACCCGACACUUACAAAGACAGGCUAUGUAUUUGUUUCUUAGUUGUUCGAUAUUCUUGGCUUGCAGUGGAAAUGAUAGUAGACUGAAUUGUUCAUGUAAGAGCGAUCACAAAGGGCAAGGCUGCACUGAUAAUUGCAACUAUUUUGGCUUAUCAGAAAUCUCGGUUUGGUUUCAGAGAUGUUGCUUAGACGAGAUUUUGGACUCAAAAUCAUCAACAGACAUUGUUUUAUGCUUUCUGCAGUUAUAUAUGGAGGAGGACGAUAUGUUAUUCAUCAUUCUCUUGCAGCUUUUGGAUGCUCCACUUAUUUCGUUGGCAAUAGAUAAGAUGGAAACUAAAUGGACGUCUGAACUGAUUGGUGCCAAACUGUUCUCCACCAUUUUUGACCCAGUUUAUAUUUUUCAUCUAUUUAUUUUGCAGCUACACUAUGAUGAUCACUUUGUACUUGUUGAUUAUCUCAUAGCUAAAGAUGUAGGUGUGCAUUAUGCCCAAUAUCUAUUACGGUGCCUACGACUGGUAUCCAGGUGUUGGGAUGCUUUUGUUGACGACUCAGUUUACGAGGCGCAGAUACAAAAACUCAACUGUAAAAGGCAAAGAAUCUUCAAAAAUAUAAAUAGUUUCACUGGUAGCUCAAUGGAAGGCACCAAGUUAGGUUCCGCUCAUUACAAGGAAAGUAAGAGGAAAGAACCACUUUUCCUGAGUGCUAAAGUAUGCCUCCUUUCGUUCAAGAGAACAUUGGAAGAUCUUCAUAAGAAAGAUUUAUUCCCUUACAAUCCAAAGCCUCUCCUUAAAAGCUUGGCCAGAUUUGAGGAGCUCUGUUUGCAGUACUGAAACAAUUAAGUUGCGCGUGGGGACACACUACUAUUUUUGUGGUUGAAUAUUUGGUAAUCAGAUACUGUAAUUUCCUUUGCUGGUUACAUGUGUGUAUAUUGAUUUGCACAAUUCGUCCUCCUUUGGUUGUAUAAUAAUAUAACCAUAGGAACUGAGAUGCAUGGCAUCUCAAAUCCUAUAAGGAAAGAGAUGUCAUUUGAUUCA